GCGACGGAAGCCGCCGAUGAGCUGCAGAGGGGGCGUUGUCGGAAUGGUUCCGUGGCGCUUGGAGUCCUGCAGUUAACGCAGAGGGUCUGACGGGGACGGGUAACGAGGAGGCGGCCGGUUGGGAGCGGCCUCCGAGGGUCUCAUGGUCUAGUAUGGACCCUGUCGCUGUUCACAGCUGCCACCUCCUCCAGCAGCUGCGAGAGCAGCGGAUCCAAGGCCUGCUUUGUGACUGCAUGCUGGUGGUGAGGGGCGUCUGUUUCAAAGCACACAAGAACGUGCUGGCGGCCUUCAGCCAGUAUUUCAGGAGCCUCUUUCAGAAUUCUUCCAGCCAGAAGAAUGAUGUUUUUCACUUGGAUGUUAAAAAUGUCAGUGGCAUAGGGCAGAUCCUGGAUUUCAUGUACACAUCGCACCUCGACCUCAACCAGGACAACAUUCAAGUGAUGCUGGACACCGCGGAGUGUUUGCAGGUACAGAAUGUUCUGAAUCUGUGCCACACGUUUCUGAAGUCGGCCUCGGCAGCACAACUGCCAGGCUUGCCCUGUGCUGGCGCCUUCUCCCUGCAGAGUGUGACUCUGGAUGGCACCUGUGCAGGAAGUGAGCACUACCCUCCCCACUCACUGCAGGAGUGCCCUGCCGAAGGCCCGCAGGCUAAAGUUCUGGCUGAGCUGAGUCCUCAUGCUCCAUCAGCAGGUUUCAGUCGUCCCGCAGGGGAGGUAUCAAAACCAGCCCUGGAUGCUGCAAGUGGAAGCUGCCCAGAGCUGCCCUCCAAACAGCCCAAUUACUAUUACAAACUCAGAACGUUAUACAGCAAGCAGUACUACAAGCAGACUGCCUGCCCCAGCCAGGUGCCUGCCCCAGAACAGCCCCUCGCUCUCAGUGCCUCCCCAGACAUUGCUGCAGCGGAUUCGCAGCCUGCUGUGGAGGGCCGCCCAGGUGCCCCGAAGUCUUCAGAGCAGUUACCGUCCGCCUUCCCGGCUCCAGCCCUCAGGAACUCUGGCACUGACUCCCAGGCAGAUGCCCUUUGUCAGCUGCCUGCCAAGCAGAUGAGACUGAAGAAGGCCAUGCACCUGAAGAAACUAAACUUUCUCAAGUCACAGCAGUCAGCUGAGCAUACCUCACAUCCCAAGUCAGGGGAUGGCUUGGUCAGGAGGGAGGAAUCUGCUGCUAAGGAAGAUGAGGGCCCGAAAGCCAGAAGCCCAACUUCUGAAGAAAAAGGGAGAGAAGAACUGGGUCCAGAGAGCAGCCAUGAGGUGGAGAUUCCAGGAGCCCCGGCCACAUGGGAGGACCCAUCCCAGACCCUACAGUCCCAGAGACAGUAUGCGUGUGAAUUGUGUGGGAAGCCUUUUAAACACCCAAGCAAUCUGGAGCUGCACAAACGGUCUCACACAGGUGAGAAACCUUUUGAAUGUAACAUUUGUGGGAAGCACUUCUCUCAGGCGGGCAACCUUCAGACUCAUUUACGCCGGCACUCUGGGGAGAAGCCGUACAUCUGUGAAAUCUGUGGAAAGAGGUUUGCUGCCUCCGGUGACGUCCAGCGCCACAUCAUCAUUCACUCCGGAGAGAAGCCACACUUGUGUGACACGUGCGGCAGAGGGUUCAGCAAUUUCAGCAAUCUGAAGGAGCACAAAAAGACGCACACGGCUGACAAAGUGUUCACCUGUGACGAAUGCGGGAAGUCCUUCAACAUGCAGAGGAAGCUGGUGAAGCACCGUGUGCGGCACACGGGCGAGCGGCCCUACAGCUGCCCUGCCUGUGGGAAGUGCUUUGGGGGCUCAGGAGACCUACGCAGGCAUGUCCGCACUCACACUGGGGAAAAGCCUUACAGCUGUGAGAUCUGCAGCAAGUGCUUCACACGCUCUGCGGUGCUGCGGCGGCACAAGAAGAUGCAUGGCAGAGCUGACGCCAGGAGUCCAGUUGUGCUGGAAGAGCUGAGCCAGGCCAUUGAGACCUCUGACAUGGAUAGGUCUCAGAGCUCCGACUCCUUCUCCCAGGACGUGUCCGUCACACUGAUGCCUGUGUCUGUCAAGCUCCCUGUGCACCCAGUGGAAAGUUCUGUGGCAGCAUUUGAUGGUCACUGUACCGGCUCCUACUGUAAGUUACGCUCCAUGAUCCACCCUCCUAGCAUGAGUGAGCAGGACAAACUGGGCCUGGACCCUGCCAAGCUGGCCAAGCCCCAGGAGCUGCAGAGCCAGCCGCAUGCCUAUGGCUACUCAGAUGUGGACCCCUCAGCAGGUGUGGAGCAUUCACAGGCUGAUGGUAUGGCUGUGACCCGCUCUUCCUUGGCCACUCUGGACAACCACUGCACCGAGCCGCUGGGUAGCCGGGCACCCUCGGUGACUUACAGGAACUCUGAGGGACAGUUUUUCUCUAGUAUGACUCUCUGGGGGCUGGCAAUGAAGACGCUGCAGAAUGAACACGAGCUGGAACAGUGAUGUGCCAUCUCAGAACCCUGACAAGAAGCACCCUGCCUAGGACGGCUCCCCUCCAGCUCUAGAGAAGGGUUAAGUGAUUUCCCUCCCAGUGCUUGCUGGGAGCUCCAUCUGUGUGUAGCCCAGGAGCUCUUGCCGCCUGCUGGUCCCAGAGAGAAAGAUGGUGUGGGACAGUCUCCACAGCAGCCUAGGCCCUAGGCUGUGAGAACAGCCGCUGGACAUCAGUGUGGCUUUGGACCUCGCAUCAGCUACUGUACAUUUGGGUCCUGUUAAAUGCCAUAUGUAUACAUAAAAAUACAGAUUUUAUUUUUACAUUUUUAUAUGAGAAAUUUUUAGUAUCUUAUUUUUUUAAAUAUUUAUACAGAUUCUAUUUGUA